CAGCCCCAGAAAAAAACAGAUGCGUUUUCCAGCAAAAAAUCGAACCGUUUCACAGAAUAGAGUUUUAUUAGAGUUUUUUCGUCACCCGUCUUCUGUUAAAACAGCGCUCCGGAACACACUUCUCACUCGCUUUAUCACUGAUUCUUUGCGCAGGAGGAAGCUAAUAGAUUGUAUUUUUAAAAUAGAAGAAGGGUCUCCGAUUGAGAUCUGAAGACCUGACCAUCUGCUGCGCGAGCUUGAACUCACAGCGCGGUUCCGCUUCCGGCCAGCAGGCGGCGCUUCCGGCUUCAUCGGAGCAGAAGAAGAAGAAGAAGAGCGGCGUUCACCCGGAAGUUUGCUCCGCGCGUGCUCUGAUCGAUCUGAUCGGUUUGAUCGGUUUCCUCAGACUCGUUCUCGGUGUGAUGAGAGUCUCCUGCGCGCUCUGCUCUCUUUUACUCGGAGGUCUUUUGAGAAGAAUGUCGGUGUGUGGCGUCUCGGAGCGGGUCGUGAUCUGGGAGACUCCGGAGCUGUCGGCGUAUCUUCACCCGUCUCCGUGGACUCCAGGGGUCACCGUCGUCAGCCACAAGCGCUCGGACAGCUCCGGCCUCUUCCACUUACCUGAGGAGGCGUUCCUGCUGCUGGUUCUGGGCGGGAGGUCGGUGGCUCGCCUGCUGUGUGAGCGUCUGGCGGUGCGGCGCUGCGCUCUGGUCCACUCUCCUCACCGCGGGGCCGGGGCCGAGCUCCUCGUGGUGCCGCUCCACGGCCUGGGCUCCCAGUGGAAGCCGCACCUCGCCGCCGAACAGGAUUUCCAGCCGUUCGAUCCCGGAUACGUCAGCUCCAAGAGCGGCCCGCGCUGGACCGAGGAGGAUCUGGAGGCGGUCCGGAGCCGAGUCCGGGCUCAGCUGCCCGACCCAAACACGCCGGCUGACUACAGCUUCCUGGGAGAUCCGUCUGACCCCGGGCUGUUCCCUCGCAUCGUGCGCGGAGAGGAGAAGCAGUGGAGAGUGUGGGAGGAUGACGAGCACGUGGCCUUCCUCACGCCCUUCCCCAACACACCCGGGCUGACCGUCCUGGUCCCGAGGAAGCCCCUGUCCAGUGACAUCUUCCGGCUGGAGGAGGACGACUAUCGGCGGCUGGCGUUGGCCUCCAGGAAGGUGUCCCGGCUUCUGGAGGCGGGGCUUGGCGCCUGGGGGGUGGGGCUUAUCUUUGAGGGCUUUGAGAUAGAUUACGCUCAUGCUAAACUGAUUCCGCUCAUCUUUCCGCCGGGUGAAGCGGAGAUGAGCCUCAGCUGUCCGGCUCCGGAGUUCUUCGACCGCUAUCCGGGUUACGUGACGUCCGUCAGCGGUCCGCCGGUCAGCAGGGAGAGUCUCCAAGAGAUCGCCGCCAGACUUACCCAGCGCUAGGGUUACAGACAGGUGAUAAAUUGCAGAAACAAAUCAGAAAUUUUGGAAACUUAAUUAGUAAAAUAACUAGUGGUUGACUGAUUUAUCACAAAGACCAAUACAUCGGCUGAUAUUUGACAUUCUUCACAUACCUGUAUUGACCAAUGUGUUCAAGAUGCACUUUAUCACACACACUUUUGUUUUCUAGUCUAAAUAUCUACAAAUUCUGGAGUAGUGGCUUUUUUCUUGACGAUAAAUGACUCAAAAUGUCUUGUUUUGUAAAAAAAAUUGAGUUAUUUUUUACUUAACUAAAUAUAUCUGGAUUUAGUUUAGCCUUUGAAUUGGGAUUAUUCAUCUCACCCUAUUGGCAGAUAUUUUUUUUUUAUUGUUUUAACAAAAACUAAAGUCUGAAUAAUAUUUUCAGAAAAAAAAAAUUAUUCUACUUGUCAAGUAAAUGCAUCUUUAUUCCAGAAUUGUAUUAUUUUAUUAGAAAACAAGACAAAAAUAUGAAGAUAGUAAUAUAUAGUGAUAUAACUCUAUACUAAAAAAGUCUAAUAAUUGCUUCUAAUUAUUAAUAGAAAGACAGACGUAAUACUUGCUCAUUUACCGUCAGUAUUUAGAAAAUUUAAUUUUACAUUAAAAGCAAACAGCACUGCCUAUUUUUCUUAUGUGCCUAUGAUUAUUUUUACUGUAUGAAUAAUAAAAUUAAAUAUGACAUAAA